AUGAGUUGUGACGAGAUUAGCAGAGAGUACAAAAAGUUGACGGAUCUUGCACUUGAAUAUGCUCAAGGCCUUCCCUUGGCAAUUAAAGUUUUGGGGUCAUAUCUACGCGGUCGAGAUAUCUCUGUAUGGAGAAGUGCCUUGGAUAGACUGAAAGAUAAUCCAAAGAAGGAAAUCGCAGAUGUGCUUCAACUUAGUUUUGAUGGAUUGGAACCCCUCGAAAAGGAAAUAUUUUUGGACAUUGCUUGUUUCUUUGACUACCAACCUAAAUGGUUUGUGGAAGACUUGUGGUACUGUCGGGGUCUUCAUCCAAAGAUUGGAAUAAGUGUACUCAUCGAUAAAUCAUUAAUAACAAUUAAUGAAAUGGGCAAUAUUAGAAUGCAUGACCUGUUGCGAGAGUUAGGCAUGAGAAUAGCUCGGAAAAGUGCUCCAAAUGAGCCAUGGAAGUGGAGUAGGAUAUGGCGCAUAGAGGAUUUUCAACGUAUUAUGUUUGAAAAUACGGCAAUUGAUGAUGUUAAGGCCGUGCAAUUGAUGGGACCAUAUGAAGGAAGAAGAAAUAUGACAUUAAGAGCAGAAACAUUAUCAAGAAUGAGACGACUUGAAUUUCUCAAAAUAGAAAAUAGUUUUUCUGGAAGUUUGAAUUCUAUUUUUUCUGGAAGUUUGAAUAGCAUUUCUAGCGAACUGCGAUAUCUUGAGUGGGAAGAGUAUCCGUUUACGUAUUUUCCAUCAUGUUGUAAGCUGUCCAAGCUUUUGAAAUUAGUCUUGCAAGGUAGCAACAUCAAGCAACUAUGGGAUGGCACAAUGUGUCUGGACAAUUUGAAGGAAUUGGAUCUCUCUGACUCCGAAAAUCUUGUGAAGACUCCAAACCUUAGCCAGGCUCCAAAUCUUGAGCGGCUGUUCCUUAGAGGAUGUAGAAAGCUUAAGCACAUACAUCCAUCAACUGGAGACCUAAGAAAACUUGUUGUGUUAGAUUUGAGUGACUGCACAAGUUUAAUGAGUUUUCCCAUCACUGUAUUCGGUAUAUCUUCACUAAAAUCUGUUGAUCUGAGGGGGUGCUCAAGAUUAUUUGGUGGGAAAGAGUUAGAAAAUGGAAGUGAGAGUAGUAUCCAAUGCCAAUCGACAGUAUGGUCCACUUUUAAAAGGCUUAAGCUUAGGUUACCAUUCCAUUUCUUCAAUUCUUCUAAAAGUAGAUACAACAAUGUGUUCCAUCUGUGGAGGCUUUCUGUGGCUCGCUUAAGCUGCGUGGGAAACAAUAUAGUUAGAGUACCUGAUUUCAUAAACAAGCUUCCCAGACUGAGAGUGUUGGAGUUAGAUAACUGCAAGAGGCUAAUGUAUGUAGAUGACUUCCCAUUACCAUUACCCUAUCCAACGGCAGAGCGAACAAAAGUUGUGAAAAUGGGAAAAUUGAGUAUGUGGAACUGCCCGAAAAUAGUAGAGAAGGAAAGGUUGAGUGGAAUGGGUAGUUCAUGGAUGAGAGAGUACAUUAAGGUACACAAUGAAUCCACUGAUAAACAUGCCAUUGUAAUACCAGGGAGUGGAGUUCCAAUUCCAAGGUGGUUUAAGCAUCAGAAUAAGGGGGCGGAUAAUUCAAUGUGGAUAGAAUCAUUUCCGAAUGCCAAUGACAACAAUUGGAUUGGCAUUGCCCUUUGUGCCCAGAUUCUUGUUCAAUUUGCACCAUUCCUCAUCGUUGACCUCUACUUUUACGACCAAACAGGAAAAAGCAACCUCGUGUACAGUAUCUCUUUGCCUAAAAAGAAGGAUGAGGUGACGAGUGAAUUGGUUCACCUCUGCCUAUUCUAUUUUUCUCGCCAACGACUCAUUCGGGAUGGAAAGCAGCAUGAUCUUGAUGGAUCCCGCUUUGAAUUUAUAGUUAAAAACGGCGGCUAUGUGGAAGUGAAGAAGUGGGGAAUGCGUGUGAUACUGAACCAGGAUUUGGAGUAACCCAACUCUGUCAGAUAUUGAUUUAGUUUGAUUAUUGACCAACUCAGAGAGAAGAGGAUUGAGAUAUGUUGAGGGUGAUACAUAAUUAUUAUGAGUAACUGGAACUCAUCAGAGAAGAAUUUGUUGGUGUUCAUGCUACCAUGUUGCUGAAAUGCACUUGCCUUUCUUGGAAAAUUUGAUAUCCAUGUUUCAAAAUAAAGUAGCGUUCUUUAUUUAUGUGUAGAGACAUUUUUAGUGGUCAUUGUCUUUAUUUCUAUAUUUGAUGUUAUCAGUAAGUUGAGACUGAGAAAUGUGACUCUUGUUUGACUUCUAUUACCAAAAAAAAAAAAAAAAUAGGAGACUGAGAAACGUGAAUCGGUGAAUGUGAUAUAGUAAACUCUGUGAGGCAGUAGGGUAUUAUAUAUGUUGUUGCAAUUAUCAAUUAUCCAUGGAAAACCAACUUUUUGGGUAACAUUGUUGUAUCAGUUAUGAACUUAUGAAUUAUGAUUGCUUUGCUUCUAGCAGUCCUUGCAUAUCUGUGAGCUUAAUUAUUGUAAAGAUUUCAAUAUGCUUCACAGGACCUUCUGUAUUUUUCUUUUUCUUAUCAGCGUUAUUUUUCUAUUCCAAACGAAACGCACCUAGGCUUCCAGUGGAUUCUGCUGGAGUACAACACAGGAGGCUUUUCUUCGCAUGUUCUAUAUUUCUGUUAUUGUCACUCCAUGCUGCAUUGUGUUAUUUGAGUAUGAAGCUUGAAGCUUGGCUGAAAUUGCCUAAUCUAUCUCUUUGUCGCAGAGAAGGUGAUUGAGAUAUGUUGAGAGUGACUGAUAAUAUGAGUAAUUGGAAGUGGCUUUAUUUGUUAGAAAAAAAUUUGGGUUAAGCGGCGAUAUCCAUGUGUAAACACAAUUAGCCAGUUAAAUAUUUAUUAGUGGGACUUGUGAAUAAAUAAGUGUAUUUUAAAUGAAAUAUAAGUGGAAGUGACAAUGUUGGGCUUUAGUAAUCACAAGAUCAUGGCAAACAAGAAUGUGGUGGAAAUUGGAAAAACUAUAACUUUUCCGAUUGAACCAUGAGACUUCACAAGAGACUUC